AUGUAUUUGAACCCAUGUUUUAGGAGAAUUUUUUCAAAAUUCCCAAACAAAACAUUCAGAAAUCUACGGUACCUAGCAACUCGAGAACUAUCAUCUCAAUCCUUUAUAAAGAUAGUGAUGGACCAGGUUGCAAAGGACAUGAACACCGACAGCGAACUCAGGAAGGCAGUGAAAGAAUUGGAAAAGAGCACUAGAGAGUCGAAAGUGCCAGGGGAAAUCGCUAAAAUUUCAAAUGCUAUAAAAAAUACUUCCAAAAUGAUAAUCAGCGGCACUGGAAAACUCGUGUCAACAGUGAGCGGUGCCCCUGGCAUCAAAGAAUUUAUGUCAGCAGUAUCCACUGUGGGCAACAUACUAGACAAGGCCACUGAUAGGAUCCACGACAACACUUCACAGGCCAAUGAGCAGGUCAAAAAGUGGAAGAAUCGCAUGGAACAACUUAGAACCAAACGGAAACAACAAUACGCAUCUAAUAAUGUGCAAGUUGCUGAAAACUUUACUGAUAAAGUCAGUGAUAACAACAUUAGACAAUCAAAUGAGUGUCAAUUAGUAUGCAUCCAAGAAUCGACCUGGGAUAGGUUCGGUAGCAAAUUGAAAGAUAUGCCAUUGCUAAAUUCAUUUUUUGAGAAUCCUUUGAUAGGAAAGUUGUUCGGUGAAACAGAAUUCGCCCGUGCCAUUAGAGAGAUGAAAACAUUUGAUGAUUCCUUUAACGUCCCAGAAUUCGUUGAACUUGUGGAACAAGUUGUGGCUAGACAUAUGGUUUCGAGCUAUUUGAAUGGUGAUAUACAAGCACUAAAAUUGCACUGCGGCGAAACGGCAUAUACUACACUCAAAAGUUCAAUUGAGCAGCGUCGGCUGCUAAAUUUGACAAUUGACCCAUCCAUACUCAUACUGAAGGAUGUAGAACUUAAGGGCGGAAUGAUUGUGGAAAACACUCCCUGGUUCAUUUUCACCUUCACUACGCAACAAAUUAAUUGUAUCUACAAGGAAGAUGGUCAAAUUAUAUCAGGGGCAGUUGAUGACAUUAGGGAGGUUUUGUACACUAUGGCAUUGUCUCGACAUCCAAAUUUACAAGAUCCGGAAAUGGCAGAUCUACAAUAUCCCUACAUGGUUAGGGAGUUGGCGAUAAUUGGAAACCAGCCCUCAUGGUGA